AUGUCGAAUUCCAUCGCAUCAAACAGGUCCACGUUGAAAGAAUUUUUGGCUUCCAUAGCGACCAUACAAGGCGACCUCAGCAAUAUCACAGCACCUCCAUUCGUUUUAGGCGAAUUCUCCACUGUCGAAUUACCGCAAUAUUGGGCUGAUCACCCGUCGCUAUUCGUUGCUCCAGCGCUGGAAAAAGACCCGGAGAAAAGAGCGUUGCUGGUUUUGAAAUGGUUCCUUGGCUCGCUGAGAAACCAGCAGUAUGCAGGUCGAAAGGAAGAAGACGGAGUGAAAAAACCCUUGAAUGCAUUUCUCGGAGAAUUGUUCUUGGGUAGCUGGAAAGACGGAUCCGGCGAGACUAGACUUGUCUCCGAGCAAGUCAGCCAUCAUCCUCCGGUAACCGCGUGCUAUCUGUGGAACGACAAACACGGUAUUAGAGCAGAGGGUUUCACUCAGCAGGAGAUCACGUUCUCCGGCAGUGUGAGCAUCAAGCAAAAAGGAUAUGCAAUUCUGCACAUCGAUGAGUACCAGGAAGACUACUUGAUCCCUGUACCCAAUGUAAAAGUCAAAGGCAUAUUGAGUGGGACGCCGUACCCGGAAUUGGUUUCAGACUACAGUAUCAUAUCGUCUAAUGGCAUUGUAUCCGAAAUCAAGUUCGAAGGGAAGAGUUUGCUAGGAUUUGGUGGAGGCAGCAAGAAUAGCUUCGAAGCGAGGACCUACAGGACGGACGCACCGAAAGACGAUCUGUACACUGCGAAAGGAUCCUGGAAUGGCAAGUUCAGCAUCCAUGACGCAAGGUCGGGAAAUGAAAUAGAAGAGUUCGAUGUCAGCGCAAAGAAUUCGAUACCGAUCACAGUAGCGGACCGCUCCGAGCAAGAUCCCUGGGAAUCGCGAAGAGCUUGGGCCGGUGUGAUCGACGCACUUCAGAGGGGUGAUAUGAAAGGAACAACUGAUGCCAAAUCCAUCGUAGAAGAGGGUCAACGACAGAUGCGUCGGGACGAAGAUGCUGGUGACAAGCAAUGGCAAAGAGUGUUCUUCCGGAAACAAGACAAUGAUCCUAUAUUCGACAAACUAUCUGCGGCAGAUAAGGGCUCCUUUACUGUCGAUCCCGAGAGUGGAAUCUGGAAGAUCAAUAGCGAUGCUAUCGCAAAUAUCAAGAAACCAUACCACGGCGAUCUUCUUCCGACGGGUCAGGUUUUCAAAAAUGAAAGUAUUCAGACUAAGGAUGAGGUGAACGAUCCCGAAAGCGGAAGCGUACAGCAUACUCCAAAAACAGCACAACAAUUGCACAGUGAGCAGUCUGGUAUUUCUGGCACUUCGAUGGAGCCGACAGAAGGCAUGCAACAGAUGAACCUCGAGGACAGGGCAGGAUCUGCGCAGAAAGAAGCUAUGCCCAGUAGGGAAGCAAACAUAUCUCAACAAAAGGUUCAGGACAUGCAGGCCGAGGCAAUGCUUCGUGGGAAGUACCAGUCAGCCCCGCAUUAA